AUGUACGUAAUGGGAGCACUUGGUCCUGCAGCUGGAUACUUGCUAGGAGGACUUCUUAUUGGUUUCUAUGUUGAUCCUAGGGCAACUGUUUAUAUUGACCAGAGUGAUCCCCGAUUCAUUGGAAACUGGUGGAGUGGAUUUCUCCUUUGUGCCAUUGCAAUGCUCCUUGUGAUAUUUCCCAUGUUUACCUUUCCGAAAAAGCUCCCUCCUCGACAUAAAAAAAAGAAAAAGAAGAAGAAGAUUAACUCUGAUGAUGUUUCAAGUGAUGAUGAAGUGAUGAAAGAGAAAAGAAAUAGCAAACAAAAAGCAGACAGUGCAGUUCCUGCCUCUAUGGGAUUUGGAAAGAAUGUUAAAGAGCUUCCAAGAGCAGCUGUCAGGAUCUUAAGCAACAUGACAUUCCUUUUUGUGAGUUUGUCAUACACAGCUGAGAGUGCCAUUGUCACAGCUUUUAUUACCUUCAUUCCCAAGUUCAUCGAGUCACAGUUUGGCAUACCAGCUUCCAAUGCCAGCAUCUACACUGGUGUGAUUAUAGUCCCCAGUGCUGGUGUUGGUAUUGUCCUAGGCGGCUACAUUAUAAAAAAACUGAAACUCGGUGCAAGAGAAUCUGCAAAGUUGGCUAUGAUCUGCAGUGGUGUCUCUCUGCUGUGCUUUUCAACUCUCUUCAUUGUUGGAUGUGAAAGCAUUAAUCUAGGGGGAAUAAAUAUACCUUACACGACUGGUCCCACUCUUGCCAUGGCCCACAGGAAUCUGACUGGGAGCUGUAAUGUUAACUGUGGAUGUAAGAUUCAUGAGUACGAGCCUGUCUGUGGAUCAGAUGGAAUAACGUAUUUUAAUCCUUGCCUAGCGGGCUGCAUCAAUGGUGGAAACCAUAGCACAGGGGUAAGAAAUUACACAGAAUGUGCCUGCGUCCAGAGUCGCCAGGUGAUCACUCCGCCGACGGUGGGCCAGCGCAGUCAGCUCCGGCUAGUUAUUGUCAAAACGUAUCUGAAUGAGAACGGCUAUGCUGUUUCUGGGAAGUGUGACCGAACCUGCAACACGCUUAUCCCAUUCCUGAUAUUCCUCUUCAUCGUUACUCUUAUAACAGCAUGUGCCCAGCCGUCAGCCAUCAUAGUGACACUCAGGUCCGUGGAAGAUGGGGAACGGCCCUUUGCACUAGGAAUGCAGUUUGUUUUGUUACGAACUCUUGCUUACAUUCCCACUCCAAUUUAUUUUGGGGCUGUUAUUGACACCACGUGCAUGCUUUGGCAACAGGAUUGCGGUGUUCAAGGAUCUUGUUGGGAAUACGAUGUCACCUCGUUUCGUUUUGUCUACUUUGGGUUGGCAGCUGCACUCAAGUUCGUGGGAUUCUUUUUUAUUUUCCUGGCCUGGUAUUCCAUUAAGUGUAAAGAAGAGCAACUGCGGAGACAUAGAUGGAGGGCUUCACUGGUGAACACUGUGAGUGAGAUGGUUGGCCAAGCUGGACCCCAACAAAACUAUGCACGGACUAGAUCCUGCCCUACCUUCAGUUCCCGAGGAGACAUCAGUGUGGCACAAGGAAUGAACUGUGUAGCACAGACAUACCCCAGCCCUUUUUCAGAAGCAAUAAAUUCCUCAAAUGAAAAUGCAUUGGAAGAAGUCACUGCUGAGAUAUAGACCCUGGCUUGGUAAUGUAAUAUUUGGUUUUGUUGGUUGACUCAAUUACGGCGCCUUGUAAAACACCUGUGCCUUCUAUUUUUAAUCUAAAUGUAACACGUGAUAAAAUCAACAAAGCUUAAUGCAACCAUGAUAUGUUCCUGAGGGCUGGAUACCUCAAACCAACCCAGGUUCUUAUU